AUGGAUUCUCUUACCGUUGCUGAGCUCAAGAAUAUCCUAAAGAGCAAAGGACUUCCCAUAGGAGGAUCAAAGGCCGACCUGCAGGAGCGCUUACGAGCGUCCGGCCUAGCAGACGAAGAUGUGCGUGCCUUGCUUUGCGAGAAUACCGACGACACGCAAAACGGUGCGGCUGAUAUCGGUGCUGCAGCGAUAUCUCUACAAAAAGAAGUCGAGUUGAUGAGACGAGAAAGAGAGUUGCUAGAGCGAGAGUUUGCGGUGGCUCAACAAGAAAUCGAGAUGCUACGGAGGGCACAAGCUGAAGUCCGAUCCGGAAGUCAGGGAGACCCCGGCAAUCGAGCCCAGCAGCGCGAGGAACCUGCGUCGAAUGUGCCAGCCAGCGGGGUAGCUGCCACAAAACUAAGUGUAGCGACGAUAGCCGAUCUCCUUAGUUAUUUCAACGGGAGCUCUGAAAACUUUGAGACGUGGCAAAAGCAAGUUGUUUUUCUCAAAACGGCUUAUAAAUUGGAAGACAACAUGACGAAGAUUCUCAUCGGUAUGCGGCUCAAGGGAAAGGCGCUCGAGUGGUUUCACUCGAAGCCCGAAUUCAUCGAGAUGAAGGCGGACGAAUUGCUGACGGCGCUGAAGGGCAUGUUCUAUCAUCGACCGAAUAAAAUUGUGUUGCGACGUAAGUUUGAGGAGCGUGUCUGGCGAAAAACCGAAUCAUUCCAUGAUUACGUGCACGAGAAAGUUAUUCUGGCGAACCGUAUCUCUGUGAGCGAUGACGACGUCGUUGGCUACAUCGUCGAGGGAAUUCCGGAUCCAAAUCUCCGAGACCUAGCCCGUGUCCAUGGAUUCACAUCGAGAGAAUCUCUUCUGGCGGCGUUCGAAGAGAUCACUCUGCAAGAUCGAGACGGUUCAUUGGCGUCCGGCGGCGGCGGCGGUGCGAAGUUCAACAAUAAGUCCGACGGCGGCAAGCGUAAGGCGGAUAAGCGUGAGAAAGAUGCGAAAGGCGUAGCAGGUGAGGAGAAAGAUACAAGCGUGACGAAAAAACCGGAAGUGACGAAGCGGUGUUUCAAUUGCGGUAAGCGAGAUCACAUAAGCGCGGCGUGUCCCGAGAAAGAUAAAGGUCCGAAAUGUUUUGAGUGUAGAGAAUACGGGCACAUCGCGACGAAUUGCCCGAAAAAACAAGUCAACGCUAACUGCGUUACAGCCCGGUCGACAUCAAAGAAACACGGCGUGGAUGUAAAAAUAAAUGAUAUUCCAGUUUCGGCGAUUCUCGACACGGGUAGCGAUUUGACGAUAAUGCGCGCGGAUGAAUAUAUUAAAAUCGGGGCGCCAAAGUUAAUCAAUAAAAAGGUUCCAUUCCGCGGCGUAGGAACCGAGGCAAAUACGACGUUAGGCGAGUUUGACGCGACGAUUACAGUUGACGGGAAUGCAUAUCCGAUAUUAAUUCGCGUGAUCUCCGAUUGCCUUUCUCGACACAAGUUGUUGGUCGGUCGUGACUUUUUAGACACAGUAGAUCUAAGCGUUAAACGCGGCGUAGCGAAAAUUAGUCCCGCGCAUGACGAUCCCGUCGGGAGCGAGGUACCGGAAGUUUAUCAGAUUGAUGUAUUCGCGGAGUCCGAGGUGAAGUCCGUUGAUUUGUCUCUUGUCAGCGACGUAAACCAUAGAGCAGCCGUUCAAGAUCUCAUCGGAAAUUAUAAUCCGAUUCGAACUCGCGAGGUAGGAGUUGAAAUGAAGCUCAUACUUAAAGAUGAUGAGCCAGUGUAUCAGCGAGCGAGGCGUUUGAGUAUACCCGAGCGUGACGAUGUGAAUGCUCAAAUACAGCAAUGGAUAGAUGAUGGCAUCGUGAGGCCGUCAGUCUCUGACUAUGCGAGUCCAAUUGUGUUGGUCAAGAAAAGGGACGGAACAAACAGAAUUUGCGUAGAUUACAGGAUGCUCAAUAAAAAAAUUAUCAAGGAUCGAUAUCCGUUGCCCUUAAUUGAGGACCAAUUGGACAAGCUACAAAACGCGAAGAAGUUCAGUACGUUAGAUUUGAAAAAUGGUUUUUUCCAUGUCAAAGUUAACGAACAGAGUCGGAAAUUCACAGCCUUCAUUGUCCCUGACGGACAUUAUGAGUUUAUGAGAGUUCCUUUCGGUCUGUGCAAUUCUCCAGCCAUUUUUCAAAGAUUCGUAAACGCGGCUUUUAAGGAUUUAAUUCGAGACGGCGUUAUAUUGGUAUAUAUGGAUGAUUUAAUAAUUCCUUUGGCUGAUUGCGAGAGCGGAUUGAAAAAUCUGAAACUUGUUUUAGAUACUGCGAGUUUAGUAGGACUGUGCAGAAAUUGGGAUAAAUGUAGUUUUCUACAGAGUCGAGUCGAGUUUUUAGGUCACAUUAUUGAAAACAAUCAGGACGAUGUCAGAAGUUGA